AUGAUUGCAGACACCUCGUCCAUAGCCGGCUACACCAUCUUGCGGGAAGAGCCCAGCGACGCCGCUCCAGACCUGCCCACGCAGUGCUUAGCACAUCCUCUCGAUCAGCUAUCGAUUGAGGAGAUCCAGCGCGCUGCCAAACUCAUCAAGGAGUAUGCCAGUGCCAAGACCCUGAAAUUCAACUGCCUCACUCUUCGGGAACCCAAGAAGAAUGAGUACGCAGCCUUCAAGUCAGGCUGCGGCCCUCGCCCGGACCGUCGCGCCUUCGCCAUCGUUAUUGAGCAGGGCUCCUCGCAGGUGUCCGAGGUUGUUGUCAACCUGAGGAGCUCUCAAGUCGAGAUCUGGAAGGACGUCGCGGACGUUGGUCCCACUCUCACUCUGGAGGACCUCGACGUCUGCGAGAGCGUCACCAGAAAAGAUCUUCGGGUCAUCGAGGCGUGUCGCGAAAUCGGCAUCCACGACAUGUCAAAGGUCUUCAUCGAUGCGUGGGCCAUUGGCUUUGACCACCGUUGGGGCACCGACCGUCGCUUGCAGCAGGGGAUUGUCUACUACCGCAACUCCCCUGGAGAUAACCAGUACGCCCAUCCACUCGAUUUCUCUGUUGUCGUCGAUACAGAGAAGGCCGAGGUUCUGUCUGUCGACAUCCGCCUGGUCAACGGUGAACGCACCAGAGUGCCCCUGGAGGAGCACAACUACAUGCCAGCCUUCAUCGGCAAUGACUACCAGCAUGGUAGGCUCAAGCCCAUCGACAUCACCCAGCCCCAGGGCGUCUCGUUCCGUAUGUCCGGCAAUGAGAUCUUUUGGGCGGGACUGAAGAUGCACAUCGGCUUCAACUACCGCGAGGGCAUCGUCCUGUCCGAUGUCCGCAUCGACGACCAGGCUGAGGGGCGCGAGCGCAGCCUCUUCAACCGCAUCAGCGUGGUCGAGAUGGUCGUCCCGUAUGGCAAUCCCGAUCCUCCUCACCACCGAAAGCACGCUUUCGACGUGGGCGAGUACGGCACUGGUCUAAUGACUAACUCUCUCAAGCUUGGCUGUGAUUGCAAAGGUGUUAUUCAUUAUAUCGAUGCAAUCAUGGCGGUAAGCUCGGGAGAGGCGGCUGUACUUAAAAAUGCUAUUUGUAUUCACGAAGAGGAUAACGGUCUCCUCUACAAACAUACCGAUUACCGUGAUGGCACUGUCAUCUCGGCUCGCGAUCGCAAGCUUAUCAUCUCGCAAAUCAUCACAGCUGCCAAUUACGAUGAGACCGCCGCACCGUACGGCACAGAGGUCGCUCCGUCUAUCAACGCACAUAACCACCAGCAUAUUUUCUCCUUGCGUGUGGAUCCCGAAGUUGACGGACCCAACAACACGGUCGUACAAAACGACGCCGCUCUCUCCGAUGACGCACUCGGGUCAGCCGGAAACCCGCACGGGAACGGCUUCUAUUGCAAGAAGACGCCCCUCCGGACGGCACUGGAGGGCGCCGCCGACUACUGCCAUGAGACGGGCCGAUCAUGGGACAUCAUCAACCCCAACAGCAUCAACACCGUAGCCAAGAAGCCCGUCGCCUACAAGAUCCUGAACAACAACUGCCCGUCCAUCCUUGCCAAGCCGGGGAGCACGGUGUGGAAGCGGGCCGGGUUCGCGCGCAAGGCGCUGUGGGUCACUCCGUACAGGGAUUACGAGCUGUUCCCCGCAGGCGACUACGUGUGCCAGUCGAGCGGCGAGGGCGGCCACCCCUUCAACGAGACGGUGGUGGACUGGGCCGCCAGGGACGAGCCGAUCGAGAAUACGGAUAUCGUCUGUUAUAUCCAAUUCGGCCUGACGCACUUCCCGCGUACCGAGGACUUCCCCAUCAUGCCGGCCGAGCCGGUCGGCGUCAUGAUCAGGGCCUCCAACUUCUUUAAGAAGAACCCGGCGCUCUGGGUGGCCCCUUCCGUUGUUGAUGCUGAUAAGAUUUCUAAGAAUGCCUUUUCCAAAGCGACUGAGCCUGCUGUGUCUUGCUGCAGUAACAGGGAUAGCAAGCUUUAG